UCAACUUCUUUGCGAUUGGUAGUAACAAAUAAUAAAGAACAGGGGUUAUUCAUUUUGAAUAUCGUGUAAUGUAUUAUAACGAAAUCUUCUAAAGUCACUUAUUUUCUUAUAUUUUUCAAUUUGUAUCCUUAAUAUUUAAAAAAUGGUGAGAACAAAGGCAGAUCGCGUCCCUACAAGAGCUGUUGGUAGCAAAGCAUCACAUAAAACUACGAAAAGUACGCCAGUUAAGAAAUCAAGUAGCAGUAGCAAAGGAAAGAGUUAUUCAGGUGGUAAUCCGUAUCAUCCAAGGGAAACUCCAGAAUGGCAGAAGCCUAUUACAUGUUUUCUCAACCAAGGUUCUGUGAAUCAAUCUAAAGAUUUGUCAAAAGCUCAGGAAGCUGCUGGUGAAGAUCCUAGCCAAGUAGUAAAAAAUGAGUCGGAUUAGAGAUGUGCAACAUUAUUGUUAAAUUAUUAUGGUAUUAUCAUAGUGUUAU